AAGUGGGCGGAGACUAAAAAUUACAAACCGUUCUGCCUCAAUUUCCAGAAACUCAAGAGAUUUGUUGAAAUACAGAAUAGAGACAGAUGCUUUGAGCUUCUUAUCUUCCACACAACAAAGUCAGGAGGAAUGGAGUCUGCUCCUGUAAGAAAGAGAGUAGGCUGCGUGCGUCAGGAGAAUGCCUGCCUGAUCACAGAGGAUGAGCAGCUCAUCUGUGACCUGGAUGCUUUGCAGUAUGAACCAGGAGUUUCCAAGCUGCAGGUCCAUCCCAGCCUAUCUAGGGUCAGGCUUAGCAGCAGCGUGGCCGCCAUGAGUGAACACAUCCUUCAAAUGGAAGCUGAACUGGAGACUCAGACUGAGGAACUAAAGGCAGCGGAGCUGAGGGUGGAGUGUAGUCAGGAAGCUUUAGCUCACCGUGAUGCUGUAGUUGCCACAGUGACUGAGGAGCUGAGGACGCUAAGAGAGCAACUGGACAACAGAACAUCAUUAGGGAAGAGAGCUGAGCAACAAAGGAACCAAGCCCUUCAAAAUGCAGAGAAACUCAAAGAAGCUUUCAAAAAUUACAAAGACACAACUUCUGUUAAGCUACAAAAGGUGAUUGAGAGUGAGAACAAACUGAAAGAGAGUCUGAUUGAGUCUGACAGGGAAAAGGAGGAAUUGGGGAUGAAGUUUUCUGUGUUGGAAAGAGAGAACGCUGCAAAGGACCAGACUAUUAGCCAGCUGCAUGAGGAGAUAAGGCAGACCAAGGCUGCCGCUGCUCAUCUCCAAGCCCAGUUGGAUCAGGUAGGACAAAAAGCCUCCCUGCUGGAGCAGCAGCUGUCAGAGCGAGGUGCAGAGUGCAGGGCGAUGGCCUCUCUGUGCAGGGAAGUGGAGGAGCUUCGCACUCUGACCCGUAGUCAAGAGCAGAAGGUGGCCCAGAGCCACAGAGAGGCUGAACAGAGCCAGGCUGAGCUGGCUAGCAUGGAGGCAAUCCUGGCUCUGCUGCACCAACAAGAGGCUCCUGCAGGGCCAAUCUGCCUUAAUCCAUGCAUGCUGCCCCCUGUGGACUAUUCAGGAGCUGCACAUCUGCUGAAACUAAAACCAGGUGAAGGCUACCAGCAGCUGCUCCGGGUUCUGCAGUUGAAGGAGGCUGAGCGGCUGAAACAGAAGAACCUGAACGAGCGUCUUCAGGAGCGUCUGAGCAGAGCCCAGGAGGAGAUCUCCUCCCUGCAGAGCUCCAUGGCCCAGAGGGCCUCCCACUACCAGAACCUCCACACUGAGCUGCUGGACAAAGUUAGCCAAGCCACUGACACACAGAAAGAGUUAAAAAGGAAAAGUGCCCGGGUAGCGGCGCUGGAGAAACAGCUGCAGGAAAAAAGCUCAGCAUACAGUCUGGCUGCUCUGAAGAACACCGAGCUGGAAAAUGAGCUGAAGGACAAGAGCAGCAGCAUUCAGCAUUACCAGACUCUAAUUUCGAAAAAGCAGAAAGAGUACCAGCAGUCAUUGGAGCAAUUUAAACAGUCUCACUCUAACCAGCUGGCUGAGCAACAGCACAGGAUAGAAAUGCUGCAGCUGUCUGUGGAGGAGGCCCAGUCUCAGAUGGUGGAAAUGGAGCAGCAUUUGGGUUCUCUUCAAAGGGAGCGAGAUGAGGCCCAGAAAGCAGCUGUCCUGCUACAGACCUCUAUAGAUCAGCUCAAACAGGAGAAGCAGGUUGAAUUUGGACACAAUCAGAAGUUGCUACAGAGUUUUAAAGAUCAGGCUUCUCACUCUGCCACCAAGGUAUCUGAGCUACAGUCCUGCCUGUCAGCAUGUAGAGAAGAGCUGAACUUGUACCUGCAGAAGAUGGAGGAGCUAAAGAAAAACUAUGAGACUGAGCUGCAGAAGAAGAAUGAAAAGUUGUCUUCUCUGCAUGAGAAGCUUCACAGCACCAGCCUGGUUUGUCAGAGCUCCAGCGAACAGAACCUGCAGCUGCAGAUGACUCUGCAGCAGCAGCAGACCAUGCUGACUGAGAGCACGGCUCGUGUCUCUGAGCUGGAGGAGACCCAGAGCAAACUGCAAAGACAGGUGUCCAGUUUGGAGCUACAGCUGGAACGGGAUCGGGCUUCUCUGCAAGAUGAACUCCGGAGCAGAGAGCUGGAGGCGCAGGCUGCUGAUAAGAAUCUGCAGGAGAUGACCCAACAUAACAAGCAACUCUCUAAAUCCAUCAGCCAUCUCACAUCAGAGAUGUUAAAAUGUCGAGCUGAGCUUGUUUCUAAGGAGUCGGAGUUGGAGCACCUGAGGAGCCAAGCUGCCAUAAAGACAGAGCAGAUCACUGACUUGGAGCAGAACCUGCAGGACAUGAAGAGCCAAAUCAUCAGCAAGACUGCAAUGGUUGAAGAUCUUGAAGAGAAGCUCCGUCGCUGUGAGGCAGAGCAGCUCAGCAGCACGCAGGAAGUCCAGGUCCUGGAGGGCCAGCUGCGCUCUAUGCAGGGGGAGUUGGCCGACAAUUUGGGGCAACUACAGGAACUCAAGGAUGUCCUACAGAGAACCCAAACAAUCUCUGACCAACGGCAAGCCCAAGUGGACAAACUCAGUGUUCGGCUUAGUGAGACCCAGAGGGAGUUGGACAAGAGAACUCUUGAGGUUUUAGACAUGGACAAUAUACUGAAAGAAAGACAGGGGGAGCUCCAGCAGAGAGCAAAGCUGCUCGGCCAGUUGGACGUAGCCAUCAGGGAGCACAAGCUGAGAGGAAAAGGAGAGCUGGAGAGGAAAGUCCAGCUCCUGCAGCAGUGCCUGGAAGCCCGGGAGAAGGAGCUUAUGGACAGAAACACAAAGGAGUCAGAGGAGUUCAGCCAGCAGCUGCGUGAGUGUCAGCAAAGGCUCCAUAAGGUGCUUGAAGAACAUGAAGCAUGUCAGCGUCACCAUGAGGCUCUGACCAGAGAGCUGGAUGCCACCAAACUGCAGAUCAGGGAAACGGAGGCCCAGCUGUGUAGUGUAGAGGAGGAGCUCACACUGAAGGAGGCGCAGUGGCUGCAGGAGGAAGCCAGGCUGCAGAGCACAGUCACUGCUUUGGAGCAGGAGCUGGAGUUGGAAAAGGAGCAGCACAGCAAAGAGCUGGAGUCACUGCAGCACACUCGAGGCCAGCUCCUCAAAGUCUCGGAGCAAAUCUCGUCCAACAUGCGCUCCUCCCAGGAGCAGCUCACAGUGAAGCUCCAGCAGAGCCAGACCCAGCUGGAGGAAGCAAAGGCACGUUGCAGCCAGGUUAAAACCCAGCUGGACCAGGCUAUGGUUGAGCUGGAUUACAGCCACAGCCAAACCAGUCACCUCCAGAUGCAGCUGGACCAGAGCCAGACACAGCUUCUGCAGAGUGAAACCGAGCUUGAGGAGAGCAGAAUUCUGUAUGAACAGACACGAGUUCAGAACAGCCAUCUAAAUGCACAACUUGAGCUGCUCUCUGCUCAAUUAAAGCAAAGCAGAAUGCAGGUAUCUCAGCUCCAAACUCAGCUCCAUGCAUCUGAGAAGUCUGUGGAGACAUCUGCUGAUUCGCUGCUCAUCAAGGAAUCUGAGGUGACCCGCCUCCAAGCCAGGAUCUCCAGCAUGGGACGAGCUGCAGAGCGGCAGAGUCUGCACAAUCACGCUGUUUCCCUUCCUGCCCUGCACACAUUCACAGGCCCUCUGGAGUUCUCCAGCUCUGCUCACCCAACUCAACCUACCCCCAAACAGUUACAAACCCCUGUCCCCUCUUCUUCAUGUGGAGAUUCAGUCCCCCGACACUCCCCGACAAACACACAGCCUUGCUUGUCUCCUCCUGCUAACUCAUAUCCUCAGUCUACCUCAGCUCCCCACCUGUCCGAGAGCCUCCCACCCUGUGAUUGGCUUCAGAGCAGCAGUAUCAACUCCUCCAUGAACCUCACACCUAGCCUGAAGGCCACACUGAGGGUGGCUCUGUUCAAGCAGCCAUGGGAGUCUUCCUCACCGUCUGUUUCAACUUUCCCAGAGACAGCUGACCACAGCUGGAAGGGACUCAGUGCCACAGAGGCCUCAGCGAUGUCGGAUGGCUCAUUUAACCCGCUGACAUACAUGAUGGACACACACAAUGACACACACAUAAGCAUGGAGGCUCUCACAGUACAGCAGGGAGAAGAUGUGCAGCACAGUGAGUCCAGGAGAGAGACUGGAAGUACCUCAGUGGAACAGGAGGAGGAAGAGGUGGAUUUGAGCUCACUGACAGGGAUGCUGAAGUUUGUAAAUCAGACAUUAGCCAUGCAGGAGGAUCCCUCUGCAUGGAGCUCUACAAAGAAAAUACAGACAUGACAAUCUGCUGCACAGCCGGUAAAAAUAUGUGUUCAAUUAGCAAUUAGUAUUUAUUAUGUAUAGGUAUUUAUAAAAGCUUUGUUUUGUUAUCUGAAAUGCAAAGUAUCAGUGUAACAGUUACUGAUAUCUGGUGGUCAGGUUGGAGAUCCCACCAUGAUUUGCAGCACAAGUUACAGUUACAGAUUCUCUCCAAGCAAUCUCACUGAGAUGAGGUAUUUUGGAAAAGUCUCUGCAUAUUCAAAGCUGGUAGAGACAUACCCCUGAGGACAUGUGUAGCAAAAGGUGCUUGUAUGAAAUAAUCCCUCAUGAGAGGGAAAUGCUAGUGCAUGCCGUACUUUUCAGAUUUUUAUUUGUAAAAAGAUGUGAGAACUAAGUAUCCUUUUCCUUCUGUUUCCCAGUAAUGUGCUGCUUAGUUUUGAUGCCUAUAAAAAAAAUCCAUAUACAACACUUUCAAUAGUUAUGAAUACUGUUUAUCUCCAUCUGUUUCGUCUUUUAUCAUCGUUGUUUUAUUCAAGUGAUAGAUGCCACAACAAUAUUGAAUCUCCAGGUUUUGGCUUCUUGCAGUUAGUUACGCACACUGUUGCUUGUUCUUGCAUAGUGCAAUGAGCUUAAUGUUAAUACUUAAAUAUAAAAAUGCAAUUGAAUAAUCAAUCCAUAAGGCACCAAAUCCGCCUUCCUGCUCCACACAGCCUUUAAACGAGUCUAUUUGUAGUAGAAAGAUGUUUUGCAGGCUAUCAUCUUCAUAUUAGCCACAAAGUCUUUUACUUUGUUUAAAAAUAGUGACACACUUUCAGUCACACUGAUCGUUUUCACAGUCACCUCUGUGGGAGGAGAAGAACACAGGUCCCACAACAGCAGGAACUCAUUUAGUUUGUUUCUCCGUUUAUCUUUAGGUGGGUCAUGUUUGGCAAAUAAGUAUAAAUUUAUAUGAAGUGCCUUGCAAAGUAUCUGUUGUCAUGUUACAGCAACAAACUCAGUAUAUAUUAUUGGGCUUUUAUGUGAUAGACCAACACAGAGUAGUAUAUUAUUGUGAAGUGGAAGGAAAAGUAUGUGUUUUUUUUUAAAGUUUUCUAAAAAUGUGUUUCUGAAACGUGUGGUGUGCAUUUGUGUUCAGCCCCUCUGAGUUAGCACUUAGUACAGCCACAUUUUGCUGCAAGGAUAGUUUUGAAUCCCCACAACAUGAUGCUGCCGUCACUGUUUCCCUGUGGGUUGGUGGGUUCAGAGCGAUAUGUUAGUUUUUUGUCCAAAAGGUUUAAUUUUGGUGUCCUCUGACUAGAGUACCUUCUACAUUUUUACUUUGUCUCCUAUUUGGACUGUGGCAAAUGCAAAUGGCCUUUUAUGGCUUACUUUCAAAAAUGGCUUUCUUCUUUCCACGCCUGCUUAGAGGUCGAAUUAGGAGUGCACAACUGAUUGUUGUCCUGACGACACAUUCUCCCACUCCUCUAGAGUUGCCAUUGGCCUCUUGGCUGAUUAGUGCUCUCCAUGCCCAGCCUUUCAGUUGCAGAUGUCUUUGUAGGUUUGCAGUUGUGCCAUACUCAUUCUGUUUUCAGAUGGUAGAUUAAAUCGAGCUCUUUGAGAUGUCCAACUUUGAUGUGGUUCUUCAGUUUGUUAGCUUGUAACUCUGUCUGAUACAGCUGCGUUGAGAUAACAGAAGGAUCUUUCUAAUAAAGUCUGAAUGAUCAGACUCACCAUGUGACAGUUUUCCUGCUUUGCUACUGGGUUUCCCAACAUGUUCUUUCUUUUUAUCUUUUAGGGAGCUGUUUACAUGGGAGGCAUGCCAAGUUUUUAUACACAUAUGAUGUAUAUAUAUUCUGAAUUUAUGAACACUUUCCAUAAACUAUCCUUUUCAAUGACCACUUUUAUUGGAGUUUGUAAAAGAAAAACUCUUUGCUUCAGCAGAAUGUAGCAUUUACUUUUUAUUUUGUUUUGGUUCUUGACAAAUAUUUCUGAAUGUGAAUCAUUUUCUUAUUAAAAUAUGUAAAUUAAAGAGUUCUUACAUAAAAUCA